AUGUCGAUGCAGGGCGCGGCGGUGCGCAGUAUUGACUCCAAGUCGCCCACGUCUGACAAGCGCAAAGUCGACGAAACCCCAGUGACGCUGCCACCGUCUAAGAAAUCCAAAGCUGCAGUUUCCGUCAAGCAGUCCACACUUCGACGAUAUCCUCGGCAGAAUACAGUCCCCACGAUAGAUAUCGACUCAAAAGAGUCCCAUUCAGACGCUGUGCGUCGUCGUCGGUCGCCGCGAGGUGGCACUUCCGCCAAACACAAACACGAAGAAGCAGUCAACACUGCCCCCAACCAGAUCGCCAAAACCGACGUCUUGGACGACGAGGCUGAAGCGACCAUGAGUAUGGACGAAGAAACGCGCAAGAUGGAUGAGGAACUGAGAGCUUGGAUGGGCAAGCGAUCGGACGAACAGGAAGAACUGACCCAACUGGAGAAGCAGAUCUAUGAACUUGAAGGAUCAUACCUCCGCCGGAGCCAGCACGCAGGAAACAUUGUCAAGGGAUAUGCAGACGCGAAUGUGUUUGUGGCCGAGAUGGCGAAAGACGAGGCCCAGGUGGACACACCCGAAUUGGAGGCGGCGGUACAAGCCCAGCGGUUGUUUUCGCAUUCGUCGACGACGUCGCCCGCCGAGCCAUUCAAAGCUGCCGCAGAAGACGCCGCAAGGGACAUUACAGAGACGCCGGCGGCCAAGUAG